AUGCCAAUCGGUGCAGCAAAGAAAAGGAAUGUGAAUCGUGCAAACAAUCCAAACGCCACCAACACUCCAAUGAGAAAGUCCUUCCACGCCACUGUUGGUAGACGUCUGGGACUCGAGCGCUUCGGCACGUCGUAG